CAGAACUCAUUUUGUUGUUUGCUUUGUACUCGUCCAUUUCCUACUCAUUCGAGUUCUUUAAGUUUGGUUCGAGGUCGUUAGCCCAUUUAUUCGUCUGAAAUUUUUGAGUCUCAAUACUCGUGGUCGUCUACUUUUGUGGUUGUCUAACUUUUUAAGGUUCACAUAUUUGUGGUUGUCGCUUUGGUGGUUGUCCUACUUUCAAGCUUACUUGCUUGUAAUCAUUUGCUUCGCUGGUCGUUCGGAUUUUUAGGCUCAUGUACUUGUGGUCGUCACUUUGGUGGUCACCUAAAUUCUCAAGGUCACGCGCUCGUGGUCAUCUGCUUCUCUGGUAUGAGAAUGAGUGAGUUCGGGUCCACCAAUAGCCCCUUGUCAUCCAAACGUUGAAAAUUGGAUGACCGUGGGUUACCACGAAGUGUCAGUAUGGAUUCAAUUGAUGAUAUGCUGUCCUUAGAGUCAUUACACACAGGUCCAUCUAGAGAUGUGCUAUGAAAUAACUCGUCUGGUUCUGAGUCUUCUUAAUUCAGCUCUGAAGUUGGGUCGUUAGGCUAUGCUUCAGCGAGUGGGGAUGAUGGUACUCCUCCACCCGAGGGGCUUAAUCAUCCCUUUAUCUUACUUGACGAAUGGGAGGUGAAUAAGCAUUGUUCCUUUCUUUCUGACUCUGGCUAGCUAAGUUAAGGUCUGACUUUCAGAUUCCUUAUAAUGUGCCCACUAGGAUAGCUAAAAUUGGUGAGAACUGUUACUCCCAUGAUGGAGAAGGUGUUGGGCUUUGUGAGGCGUCCUUUAUAAGUCGGUUGAGGCUUCCACUUAACAAACUCACUAGGAAGUUUCUCAGGAAGUUAUGUAUAGCUAUAUCAUAACUAGCACCCAACUCUUGGCGUGCUUUUAUGGGGGCUCAAAUCCUUUGGGGGAUUAUAAGUGAGGGCCAAAAGGCCCUUUCCAUGGAUGAAUUUUUAUACUGUUACAAGCCCAUUCAUGCUUCUAAGGCCAAGGGGAUGUAUUACUUCAAGUGUAGAAAAAAGGAGCGUCAGUUAGUCAUUAAGAUUCCCUCAUCCCAUAGGGACUAGAAGGAGAAAAUUUUCUUUGUGCUUGGGUUUGAUUGGGUAUAUUGCCCUGAUGAGGUUACUGCAGAACCAGUAGGCUGUACUUUGGGGGUAUUACCCAAUUCUGCUCAAGUUUUGCCAAGGUUAACUGCAAAGUAGCUAGGAAGAAUAGAAAGGGCAACAAGCUUCUUGGUUGCUGGACAUAACUGGAGGGUCUUGGUUACGGUGGACAACCUUCAUAGAUACUGUUCAGGACCUGUGCCCUCUGUAGUGGCCCGUUGUCGCGAGAGCACCUCCUAUAGACAUGUGUUUUAAUUUAGCUCGUUCAUUUCAUUUUUAGCAUAUGCAUUGACAUCUAUUUUGCAAAGAUGGAGGUGGGUGCAGCCAAGAAAAAUAAAAAGGUUCAGGAGGCGGCUACUCUUGCUACAGUAGUAAUUAAGAAAGGGAAGUUUCAACUUCCUAAGCCUGGUGACAAGAGGAAGUUUGGUGUGGACACUUCCCAAAAGCCCUUUGGGACCAUUACUCAUUCGAAGGAGACUCCAAUUUAUCCUUUAGUGAUUCCUAGUCGUCCGGCUUUUGUUGAGCAUCCAAGGGCACCUGGUAGGGGAAAAGGACCUUUCACUCCUCCCAAACCUCCCCUUCUCCUUAAUGAUGAUAUUUAUGCUGUGGAGCGAGUCAUGUCUAUUAUCAAGGAGGAGGAUAUAAAUGAUUGUGACGAGUAUGCUCCUACAGCUUUUGGGGAGUCUGGGCUGCAUGACCUUGCCAAGGCAAUGGUGAGGAUGAAGACUCUUGAGCUAAGGUGCGGGGACUAUGAGGACCAAGUGGUCAAUCUUCAGAAGUGUGUGAAGGGCAACAAUGAGGUCAUCAAAGAGCUGUAGGGAUCUGUCACCCCAUUGACAGAGGAAGUUGCUCUUUUGGGGGGCAAAGUGAAAGAGCUCGAGGAUCAAUGCUCUUCUCAUGCAAACCUUUUCAUUGCUGUAGAGGAGGAGAAAUAUGCCUCUCUAAGGAGUUGGAAAAACUGCGAGGGGAGCCGAGCAAUGUUGAGACAAGUGCCAUUGCUAAGCACUCAUCCUCUCAUGAGUACCUUUAUGAUCUGGGCAUCCAGUAUGUGCAUGGAUUUGAAUACUUCCAAGCUUAAGCUUCUUUAGCCUUUAAGUACUUAGACUUUUCAAAGAUUGAAAUCCGCGCUGAGGAGGGUUCUAUUGCUACUAUGAUAAGUGAUGAUAUUGACCAAGAAGUUGAUGGUGCUGUCGAGGAGGAAAGAUGGGAUGACCAAGCUUGCCAUUAGACUUAGUUUAUUUUCUACACUUUCAUUCUCAUACAUUAGUGUUUGAUACUUUCAUUUGAGGCAAUGGGUUCUUGGUUUAUGGACAUGUAUAACUUUAUUGAAUGUAUAAGUUUCUUGUUAACUUUCUCAACUUGCUUCUUUUUGUCUUUAGUGGUUUUAGUAAGACUU